AUGGUGCUUACAAAUUCCGUCGCCGUCAUUUACAGACAUAAUUGUGUACGAUUAGCAUUUGUUAUCGGUACAUUGAUAUUGUUUAUUUUUCACGUGAUUGUUAAUCAUCUGCACGAAGUGGGACACAAGACUCUGUUUCUUCAUGAUACAUAUCGUCCUGAACACUCGGUAGUGAAUGAUAUUCAACCAACAAGAGCAAUUUAUCAUCUUCUCAAUAUCAUCAAUUAUAUUUGGCAGUUCGCAUGGUUAAUUUAUACAUUAACAUUUUUAUUUCGUCGUUCUGCGGCCGGUUAUUUGUAUUUAAUACCAAAUACUUUAACGUUAACAUUUUAUAUUACAUUUAUUCUUGGUCUCCUUACACAAACAUUUUGGGUGCUAUUUUUUAGCAGUCAUGUUAAUUGGGCCUGGCUUGCAUAUUUAAUUUCCUUCCUAUUACUGUCGUUGUCAUUGUUUAUUUUGAUCAAUAAUUUGGCAUUAAACAGAAACAUUUAUGAAACUGAUGGAUUAAAUCGUGAUGUCUGGUGUCUUCGUUUCUUGGCUCAAAAUGGUAUCGCCUACAUUGCAUGUUGGACAGCUAUUCGUUUUGUAUUAACAUUCGACGUAUUUUUGCAACGUAAUUUAUCAUGUUCACUUCUAAAUGCUGGUACUGUGUGUUUGAUAAUUGCAUUUAUAAUAGCUGUCGGUUAUUAUAUUUUUCCAAAUAUCAAUGCUGCCUAUGUUGAACAAUAUGCCUAUCAAUUUUCCCCAUGGAUCGUCUUUAUCUUGUACUUCUGGGGUGUUGUUCAAUAUAACUGGAUACCUUAUAACGUAACAAGAAAUAAUAUCAUAGCAGUUAUUGAAUUAAUUGCCAUAUUAGUUUUUACCGUUAUUGCUAUUCUAUUGUUUAGUCUUCGUUAUUCACGAUCAAAAAUUGAUCGAUUUGCCAUAUAA